CACUUGUCAGUUUUGUAGGCGAUAUUUACGGGUGCAAUGAGGAACUGAACGCACACACUGAACAGAAUUCUCGAUGCUGGCACAAUGUUGAUCAUUGUUGCGACCGUUUGUGUCGCUUUGGUGGUUUUUAUAUUGAAAUAUGUCUUCAGCAGCUCCGGGCCCAAUCCCUUUGAGACAGACACUCGUGAACCGUUGAAAAAGAUGGUUUACGACAGGAAAGAGAGAAAAAAAGUACUGAAGCAAGGUUUCGUGGCCGGUAAAGUACCCGACAACCCGGAUGCCAUCAUCAUCGGCAGUGGGAUCGGUGGACUCGGGCUCGCGGUGCUGCUGGCUAAAGUUGGGAAGAAAGUGCUGGUUCUGGAGCAGCAUGAUCGGGCUGGAGGAUGCUGCCACACGUUCACUGAGAAGGGCUUUGAGUUUGAUGUUGGAAUCCAUUACAUUGGGGACCUGCUAGAACAUAAACCUUUUCGCUGCAUGGUGGACCAAUUGACUAAUGGACAGCUGCAGUGGGAACCUCUGGAGAAUCCGUUCGACCACGUAGUUCUGGGACCUCCAGAAAAUCGCCGCCGGUAUCCCAUCUACAGCGGCAGGACCCGCUUCCCAGAGGAGCUGAAGAAGUGCUUCCCCGGAGAGGAGAAGGCCAUUGAUGAGUACUUGAAGCUGGUCAAGAAAACCGGGCGGGGCGUUUGGAUCCUCGCUCUGCUGAAGCUCUGCCCCGUCUUUGUGGCCAAGUUCCUGAUCUACACCGGUCUGGUUAAACGUCUGUCCUUCUUCGUCAAAAUGGCCCCCCGCAGCCUGACAGAAGUGGUGAACGAACUGACCGAGAACAAGGAACUCAGGGCCGUUUUCACAUACAUCUUUGGCACCUACGGUAACAUGCCAAAAGAGGCCAGUUUUUCGAUGCACAGCUUGCUGGUCACUCACUACCUGAAUGGUGCCUGGUACCCAAAAGGCGGAGCCAGUGAAAUUGCCUACCACAUGAUCCCCAUCAUUGAGAAGGCUGGUGGUGCUGUUCUAGUCCGAGCCCCAGUCAACCGCAUCCUGUUCAAUGACGCCAAGGAAGCGUAUGGUGUGAGCGUCAUGAAAGGCCAAGAGGAAAUUCAUAUCCAUGCCCCUAUGGUCAUCUCUAAUGCUGGGAUCUUCAAUACCUACCAGAAGCUGCUGCCCAAAGAGCUCCAGGCCAUGCCAUCUAUCCAGGAGCAGCUGAGCAUGAUGAAGAACGGUGAAGGUGGCCUGAGUGUUUUUCUGGGUCUGAAUGGAACUAAGGAGGAGCUAGGCCUGAAAGCGGACAACUACUGGAUCUUUUCUGAGAACAAUUUUGAUGAGCUGGUGGAAAACUAUUUGAAUGGAAAGCGGGAAGAGUCUGCUAAAAGUGUACCGCUCCUGUUCGUCGCAUCUCCAUCGGCUAAAGAUCCGACCUGGGAGGAAAGAUCCCCAGGGAAAUCCACCUUGAGUCUGGUCAGCUUCGCCAAAUACGAGUGGUUUGAGGAGUGGAAGGAUGACAAAGUGUCAAACCGAGCGCUUGACUACAAAGAGCUGAAACAGGCAUUCAUUGACUCUGUUCUGGAGGUGGUUAUGGAUGUCUUCCCCAAGAUAACCAGAGACAAGAUUGAGUACGUUGAUGCUGGCACCCCCAUCACAAACACACACUAUAUCGGAGCUGCUAAAGGUGAAAUCUACGGAGCCGAUCAUGGCAUCGCCCGCUUCAGCCCUGAACUCAACGCGACAAUAAGACCUCAGACGCCACUGAAGAACCUCUAUCUCACAGGUCAGGAUGUGUUUCUGUGUGGCUUUGCCGGCGCUCUCGCUGGAGCUCUCACCUGUGGCUCGGUUAUUCUCAACCGCAACCUCCAUCUGGAUGCCAUCGCCUUGGCAAAGAAAACCAAAUCCUUGAAUGCCAAAUUGAAAGGGGAGUAAUUGCCUUUACAACAUUCAGCUGAAUGACCAUUAUACGAUAUACUGUAUCAGCUUACAUCACACUCACAAAAAAACCCUAAAACAACGAGGCUCAGAUUGCCCCCGGAACAGAGACUCCCGGAUUUCAUCUACCAAAUGACUUAUUUUUUUGCUAGAAUAAUGCAGAACGUUUUCCACACCAACACAACCUGUGCUUAUACUUUAAAAUAUGCAUACCUACCUUUUAUUCAGUGUAAGAUGUGGAAUGUUUCCACAGUCAACCUAUACUUAUCAACGCUAACAUGACAUACACUGUUGAUUUUUAAAUGCAAAUGUUGAAAUUCAUAUCCGGCUUGUUUUGAAGUUAACUUUAACUCGUUGCCUGAGGUGUUUGGUUUGCAGUAUGUAACGUGUUUCCUCCCUUUUUAACAUUAAAGGGUACAAAC